AUGACGAAAACCAUUCUCGUUACCGGCGCCACCGGCAAGCAAGGCGGCGCCGUCGUCGAUACCCUCAUCAAGGAAAACGCCGACUUUGAGAUCCUCGCCCUCACCCGCGACGCCACCUCCGGCUCGGCCCAGCGUCUCGCCAAGAAAUCCGACAAGAUCAAGCUCGUCACCACGUCACCGAUCUGGGGUGUCUUUUCCGUGCAGGUCGCCAUCGGCGGUUCCGGCAAAGACGCCGAGUUCACGCAAGGAAGAGACCUCGUCGACGCAGCCCUCAAAGCCGGUGUAAAGCACUUUGUCUACUCCUCCGUCGAUCGCCACGGCGCCGCCUCCAUCGACAACCCCACCAACAUCCCCCACUUCAUCCACAAGCACAAGAUCGAGAAGCACCUCAUCAAGAGCACCGCCCAGGGCCAGAUGGACUGGACCAUCCUGCGACCGGUGGCGUUUAUGGAAAAUUUCACCGACAACUUCUUCGGCCGCGUCAUGGCCUCCGCGUGGCGAAGCGUCGUUAAAGAUAAGCCUCUCCAGCUCAUCGCCGUCCCGGACAUUGGCGUGUUCGGCGCCAAGGCCUUCCUCCACCCGGAAGAGUACAAGGGACGCGCCAUCUCGCUCGCCGGAGACGAACUCACGCUGGAGCAGCUGAACCGUAUCUUCCAGAAGCAGACGGGGAAGAACGCCCCCGAGACGUACGGCGUCUUGGCGAGGCUCAUCAUGUGGCUCUCCAAGGACUUUGGAUACAUGUUUCAGUGGUUCUACGACGUCGGGUACGAUGCUGAUAUUGCCGAGCUCCGCAAAAUCCACCCUGGGCUGAAGAACUUUGAAACGUGGCUGGCGGAGGAUAGCGACUUUGCUCGCAAGGACAAAUAA